AUGGAUAGUGUUAUAGCCUUGGAUACCAUGCCAAUAUUGGAACCCAUUUUAGAACAAAACCAAAUAGAAACAACCAAUCAAAAAGUUGAUUACAAUGGUCUUUCCGAACAAUUUAAAUCACCAAAGCCUAACUCCUAUAAAGCUAUAUUUGUAUCAUGCUGGGAUCAUAUAGAUCCAUUUGAAAUAUAUCUUUCAUAUGACCAACCAACCUUACAAAAACAAUUAGAAGUCCUCUUUGGAGUACCGGGAACAAGAAGAGAAUAUAUCGGUAAACAUGAUCCCUCAUUCUUUUUUUUUCCGUUAUUCACAAUCAUGGACUCAUUGGACGGAUCUCCACCAAAGGAGGGAUCAAUUAAAUAUAAAGACUUACAAUUAUUACCAUUGAACAUCCGUGCAAACUCAUUAAAAGGAAAACAAAAACUUAAGGGUGAUGCAAUUUUUGUAAAUGUAGAUUUAGAAGGAAGAGAAAGAGAUGUUUCAAUGGAACAUUAUAAAAAGAUAUGGGAGAGUUUAGUACCAUUCCAAAAAGUUUUCGAUUUUGAAAGCAACUUAGUCUCAAGAAAAGAUUUAAUUGGAACCAUUUUAUACAAAUCAAAUUUUCAAUUUAAAAUAGAAGAUGAGGAUGAUUUUAUUAAAACAAAAAAUCCAACAGCAAUUAUUAAUGAAUAUAAAGCAAUUGACACUGGAAAUACUAUCAUCAGCUCUACUUUUGGUGGUUAUUCAAAAAAUCAUUAUUCAACAUGUUUAAUUAAUAACCAUUUGAUUUAUUCAAAGUUAUUUGUAAAGAAGGAUCAAUCACUUCGUAGCUGUCAUUAUAGAGCCCUUAGAUAUUUACAGACAUUACAAUCAGUUCAUCUUGGCCAUUUAGACAAAGAAGAUAAACAAGUAAAUGAAAUUUUAAAUGAAAGUUAUUAUACUCAAGAAAUUGACAAUUUCAUCAAUGGGGUUCUAGAAAAUGAUGACAACUAUAACAAAAAUAAAAAAGCAGAAAUUGAGAAUUCCAAAAAGGAGAAAAAAUUAAGUGUUUAUGAAAAAGCAUUAUUGGAAUUGGGUGAAGAUAUAGAGUGCGAAAAUAAAAUUUUUGGUGUUCCAAUCAAGAGUGACCAUAGAAUAUCAAUUUUCAAAACCAAAUCAAUUCAAAUUCACUACAUCAAAGAAGUCUUUGACUCUGAUAACAAGCCAGAUUUAGGUACCGAGGUCUCAUUAGAUUUUGUGUAUUAUUUAGAAGAUGGUAAAGUUGUAGAUAAAAAAACAGAUAAAUUUAUUUAUGGAGAUGAUGACGCAAUCAUCGAUGGUUUACACUUUGUUAUUUCCCAUAUGAAAUACAAUGAAAUCGUAAUAGCAACCAUUCCACCAGAAUUUGCCUAUGGUGAGUUUGGUAUUUGUUCAACAGACAAAUAUAUAGUACCUCCAAAUGCAACCAUUGCCGUCUUAGUAGAGCUAUCUGAAAACCAACGUAUAAAACCAACACCAGUGCAAUUAGUAAUGAUGCCAAUGCAACAAAAGAUUAACGCCAUCAAGAAGAAUAAUGAAUUGGGUAAAGAAAACUUUAAAAAAGGUCUUUUUUUGAAAUCGUUCAGAAACUAUAAGGUUUCAAAAGGAUAUUGCAGCAAAAAGUAUUUAGGUAAAUGUGAAUCUGAUGAAAUGUUUGAAGAGUUUUUAGGAUUAGCCGCCCAAACUCUCACAAACGUUGUACUUUGCUAUCAAAGAAUGCCACAUAAGGAAAAAGAAAUUACUCAAGAUAAAAUUCUCGACCGUGUUUUAAAAUAUUGUAAUGCCUCAUUAGAUUACACCGAAACCUCAAAAGCCUAUAGAAUUAGAUCCAAUUGCUUUAAAGAAUUAAGACAAUAUCAACAAUCAUUAGAUGACUUGGUUGCCGCUAAAGAAAUUGACACAAUCAACAAUAGCUUUGAUGCUUUUUCAGAGAAAAAGUAUGAAGCAGAAAUUCAAAAACUUAAUACAUUAGCUCUCAACUAUUCUAAAAAAGAAAAGCAACAAUUUGAAAAUUAUUUUAAUAACCCAAACAAUUAA